AUGCAAAAGGUUAAAGUGAAUCGCUAUGUCACUGGUAAAAGACCUGAUUAUGCUCCGGACACAAGUAGCGAUGAGGAGGAGGAAGAAGUUGAUUUUAAUUUUGGUCCGAAGAAAACCGCACAUGAUGUACCAAAAGUAACCCCUGUCGAAACUCAUUACGAAGAUCCACGUCUGAGACGAUUGAAAGAACGGGCAGUAGACGAUGAUGAGGGUAGCGACGUGGAAGAUCGUGUUACGCGACAUCGUCGCGAAGUAAUUGAACCUGAAGUGUUGAUGGAAGCCUCAGAAGAUGAAACAGACAACAGGCAUCGUCGAGAAGAAGAAGAGAGUAGUGAAGAGGAGGAAUUGGAUGAAGAAGAGAUCGAACGGCGUCGAGAGAUUCUGAGACAGCGUGCUUUACAGAGAAAAGAAGAGCAAGAAGAGGAGGUGAUGGAUGUUGAGGAUGAGCGAUCAGAAGGAGAAAGCGAAGAAGAAUCCUCAGAAUAUGAAGAGUACACAGACUCUGAAGAAGAAACUGGGCCCAGGUUGAAACCCGUUUUUGUGCGCAAAAAAGAUCGAAUCACAAUCCAAGAGAAAGAAAGGGAAGAUCAAAAAGUGCGUGACCAAGAGAUGGAGACAAAGAGAAUGACAGAAGAACGGCGCCGACAAACUUUAAAAAUCAUUGAAACAGAAGCAAGGAAAGAAAAUGAAGAAAAGAAAGAAGAUGAUCCUUGCAAUGCUGUUGACACAGGGGACGAGAAUGAUGAAGAAGAAUACGAAGCCUGGAAAGUACGUGAAUUGAAACGAAUGAAACGUGAUAGAGAAGAAAGAGAAGCAUUGGAGAAAGAAAAGGGUGAAGUGGAUCGGCUGAGAACAAUGACAGAUGAAGAAAGGAGAGCAGAUCUUCGUGCUAAUCCCAAAGUUAUUCCCAACAAAGCCCCGAAAGGAAGAUACAAGUUUCUUCAAAAGUAUUAUCACAGAGGUUCCUUCUUUAUGGACGAGGAUGACACUGUGUACAAAAGAGACUUUUCAGCACCAACUCUGGAAGAUCAUUUUGAUAAGACCAUUCUUCCAAAGGUCAUGCAGGUUAAGAACUUUGGCCGCUCAGGCCGAACCAAAUACACACACUUGGUUGACCAAGAUACGACACAGUUUGAUUCACCGUGGCUUACAGACUCUGCUCAGAAUCUCAAAUUCCAUAUGACAAAAGGUGGUGGCAUGAAACAAAUGUUUGAUAGACCAAGUGUCAGGAAAAGAAAAUGA